AUGGCCAAGUUGGUAAGGCACCUCACUAGUAAUGAGGAGAUCGUCAGUUCGAAUCUGGCUGAAGGCAUUAUUUUUCCUGUUCUCAACAGGAACACGUUUUCUUUUUGCAAUCUCUUUGUGACGCAAAUGCUACAAAACAACUUUGAGUCUGUAAAUCCAAAAAUCGAAACAGAAAGUCUUCAUGAUAAUCUUCUUUACCCAGCUUGGUGCUCCGACAAUGGUGCUUCCGUCGAAAUAGAAACCAUUCGUAGCAUUUUCGACCGCACAGCUCUCGUUUUUGGAUUUCAAGCCGACAACUCUGCUAAUAUGUUUGAAUAUCUCAUGUCCCUAUUAGACUCUCGAGCAAGCCGCAUGCUGUGUACGUCUGCUUUGAUAUCUGUCCAUGCCGAUUAUUUGGGCGGAGAUUCCUCCAGCUACAAAAAAUGGUAUUUUGCCGCCUAUUACGAUUUGGAUCGCCAAUAUUCUGACGCAAAAGACAUAAAAAGAAAAUGGAACCAGUGGCCCCGGUUUUCUUCGGGAGUCAUCCCCAACCUGCCCGAGUUUGAAAAUGACCGCAGCUCAUUUUGGGGCAUGGACUAUGCUUGGCGAUUGCAAAUGAGCAAAUACUCGGAAGAAGAAUUGCUCGAGCAAUUGGUGCUAUACUUGCUCAUAUGGGGAGAAGCGAAUAACUUGCGUUUUAUGCCCGAAUGCAUUUUCUUCAUAUACAAAUGUGCCAGCGAUUAUCUUUUUUGUCAAGAGGAGAAACCUGCGGCGCCAGAAUUUCUGUUUCUCAACGACAUCGUUACACCGAUUUACCUCUACAUUCGAGACCAGCAGUUUGAUUUGAAAGAUGGUAAGCUUUGCCGUAAACGUGGACUUGACCAUGCCCAAAUUAUUGGCUAUGACGAUGUCAAUCUGUUCUUUUGGUACCCAUCAAACCUCGAAAAGUUGCGUAUUGCAAAUGACAAAACGUUGCACUCCAUCCAGAAAGAACACCGAUACAAGGAGCUUCGGAAUGUCCAGUGGAAGACCGUGUUCCAGAAAACGUAUCUUGAAACUCGUUCAUGGGGCCAUGUCAUUGUAAAUUUCAAUAGAAUAUGGGUCAUCCACCUAUCUGCUUUUUGGUACUACUUUGUCAUUAACACCCCGGCCCUUUACACAAGAAAUUACUACCAUGCAUUGAAUACCAAAAGUGCUCCGCAGGUACAACUUACAGUAGUAGCUUUAGGAGGCUCAGUUUCUUGCAUGGUAUCUCUACUUUCAACUAUAGGCGAAUGGUUUUUUGUGCCUCGCUCUUCUCUAGGAUGUCAGCCACUUUUAGCCAGAUUUACCCUCCAGGUGUUUCUUUUAUUGGCUCUUACCGCUCCCUCCGUCUACAUCCUCAUUUUUAAAGGCUGGAAUGUCUACUCACCUAUGGGAUGUGCCAUCGGAGGCUGCCAGUUGGGAUUUUCUUUACUCACCACUGCAUAUCUUAGUGCUACCCCAGCAGACAAGCUCUUCUCUUUCAUCAAGAGAAAAGCAGAUCCCAAUACUAUCAAAACCACCAUAUUCACUUCAAGCUUUGCAAAAAUGACUUCGAAAAGUGCCCUAUACUCACUCUUGCUCUGGUUAACUGUUUUCACGUCUAAGUUUCUUGAGUCUUAUUUUUUUCUUACUCUCUCACUCAAGGAUCCUUUGAAUAUUCUUCUCACUAUGGACACCUCUCGUUGUGCUGGAGAUAUUUGGCUAAAAAAGUUGAUCUGUCAAAAUUUCGCUAAGAUAUGCGCUGGAUUACUCUUGUUAACCAAUUUUUUGCUAUUUUUCCUCGACACUUACUUGUGGUAUAUCAUUUGCAAUUGUAUUUUCUCAACAAUUAUAGCAUACUCAGCUGGAACUUCCAUUUUCAAACCCUGGAAGAACAGAUUCAGUAAACUACCAGAGAGAAUAAUUUCCAAGAUAGUCUUCAGUCUCAACGAAAAGGAUGGUGAUUUUGCCAUCACUAAAAUAUGGAACUGCAUUGUCAUUUCAUUUUACAAAGAACACUUACUCUCUGUCGAGCAGGUGAACAAAUUAAUAUACCAAAAGGAAACAGAUGAUGAUAAGCUAGCCAUAGGAGGCUUCCGGGAGCCCAUUUUUUUCAACUUUCAAGAAGACUCGGCUUCUGAGAAGUUGUCAGACUUUUUUGCAUCCAAUGCUGAAGCUUCCAGGAGGAUUUCGUUUUUUGCCCGGUCCCUAUCCAGUCUGUUACAGGCUCCAAUUCCAAUCGAAGGUCUUCCAUCGUUUACAGUGUUUGCACCUCAUUACUCAGAGAAAAUUAUUCUUGAAAUAAAGGAACUUCUCAAAGAGAAUGAAAAGUCAAAGAUUUCACUCUUGGAAUAUUUGAAAAAACUACAUCCGGCAGAAUGGCGGGCAUUCGUGAAAGACACAAAGUUAUAA